UCAGCUGUUGCAGUUUUAUAUUGGUCCCGUUUUCAUUUCCUCCACCCGGUGGUAGCGGUGUAAAUAACUCCAGAUUGAUUCGUUACACCUUACGAGGAAGUGAACAUAGGCACGGGAAGAGGAGGGACUCUGAAGGCUAAAGCAACAUAGUGUCACAGUAUCAAGCCUUUGUACAUUAUUCAUCGAUUGCAAAAACCUAAAUUUUAAUAAUAGGUUAAAAUAGCAGAUGCUAUGCUUCUGCCAACCUGCAUUUAUAAACACACAUUUUACAUGUAAACGCUAACGGGAAAGCAGCGAUAGGGAGCUAAAUGCAAUAUUUACAGGAGAACUGUUCGUGAACUUCGCUCUUUUUUUUGUUUGUUUUGUUGUUGUAUGUUGAAAUCAUGUCCAUUGCCUUAGUUACUAGGAGAGUGUUUUUAGCAGUCGACGGAAAACUCAGGAUUAAAAACGCAAUUUUCGGAUCAGGCUUAAUUUCAGCCCCACGCCGUUCCAUAGUAGACAUGUCGUACUCCACUCACUUUAUGGAUUUUAAGGGUUCCUCCAUACCUAGCUCCAUGCGCAAGCUGGUUGUCACAAAGCUGAGCCCAAAUUUCAGAGAAGCGGUCUCUUUGCAAACUGUUCCGGUUCCGACACCGGGGGAUGGAGAUUUGCUCAUCAGAAACCGAUUUGUUGGCAUCAAUGCGUCUGACAUCAAUUAUUCAGCUGGCCGUUACGACCCUUCAGUUAAGCCUCCAUUCGAUGCUGGUUUUGAAGGAAUUGGUGAGGUAGUGGCACUGGGACUCAGUGCCAGCGCCAGCCACACAGUGGGUGAAGUCGUGGCCUACAUGGGAGAUGGUGCUUUUGCUGAAUACACAGUUGUGCCUGCCAAAAAGGCGGUACCUGUGCCCUCGGCAAAACCUGAAUUCCUCACCUUGAUGUUGAGCGGAGCCACAGCUUACAUCAGCCUGAAAAAGCUUGGCGCGCUGUCUGAAGGGGAGAAGGUUUUCGUGACAGCAGCAGCUGGAGGCACAGGGCAGUUUGCUGUGCAGUUUGCCAAGAGAGCUAAGUGUCAUGUAAUCGGAACCUGCUCCUCUGAUGAAAAGGCUGGCUUCCUGAAAUCUAUAGGCUGCGACCGCCCCAUUAACUACAAAACUGAGGACAUCCGGGAAGUCCUCAGGAGGGAGUACCCAAAAGGCUUGGAUGUGGUCUACGAGUCCGUCGGUGGGGAAAUGUUUGACCUCGCCGUCAACCGCAUGGCCACCAAAGGCCGGCUAAUUGUUAUUGGGUUCAUUUCAGGCUACCAGACGGCCACUGGACUCAAGCCUGUAAAGACUGGGAGUUUGCCUGCAAAGUUGCUCCAGAAGUCUGCUGGCAUCCUUGGGUUCUUUCUGCCUCACUACCUCUCUGAAUACAAGGUGGCGAUGAAGCACAUGCUGGAGAUGUUUGAGAAAGGUGAACUAGUAUGUGAGGUGGAUCUGGGUGAGAUGACUCCAGAGGGCAAAUUUUUUGGUUUAGAAUCUGUGUUCCGUGCUGUAGAUUACUUGUACUUGGGUAAAAACAUUGGGAAGAUUGUGGUUGAACUACCUCACCCCAUCAGCAGUAAAUUGUAAGCUUACAAUAGCAGUUGAAAUUGGAAAUACAACCAGAGAGAAAAAAAUCACUUCAAAGUGAUUCUGGAAGUGCCUAAUUCAUGCAUGAGUGGUAAAUUUACUGGAGAAUGUGUUUGACCUUAAAGAUUAAAAUGUUAGAAAAAAUCAGUUAUUAUGAAGUGUAAAAAUUUAAAUCCAUGUAUCCUUGUACUAUAUUACAAUACUGUACAAUAGCGAGAUAAGUGAGAUUGUAUAAAAGCUGGUAUAUGGAAUCUGAAAUAAAACGUA